AUGACUCCCGCCGUGAGGAAGCGCCGCGCCGUGCAGCGAGCCGAGACGCACCUUUCCGGCCGAGCUUCGCGUUCUGCGUCGCAGGCGGCCGGGUUCCCCUGCUGGGGUGCCAGGGCUGCACCCACCAAAUGCGCACAUUCCCACGACUUACUCGCGUGCAGCUCGGAGAAGCCCCGGGCUGGCUGGCUGGCGGAGCUCAGGCGAAGACCCGGGAGGACCCGCGCAGGGCUCAUCAGCGGCCACGUGAGCGGCUUGGCCACGGGCAGUAUGGGCCUGGGCUGCACUCAGGCUCUUCGAACCCGACCCCACGAGCGCAGGCUCCCCGGACGGCCCUUCAGCACCGCGGAUGCAGCUGCCUGCGGCUCCUGGGCCCCCCAGCUCGAGCGACCCGUCCGAGUGAGCGCCACUGGCCAGCCCCGAAUCUCCCGCACGUGGAGAGAUUUGCUGCGGGACUCUCCGGGGCUCCCGCAUUAUGGGAUCAACCGCAGAAUGUCUCCUCCUCCACACCAGGCCCGACUUCGCACAGCUCAGCUGAGUCCCCACUUCCUCGCCUCUUGUCUGAGCUGCCGUUCGGAUGCUUUCUGCACAUUUGAUGGCAAAAAGUACAGUGCCGGGGAGAGCUGGCAUCCUUACCUGGAGCCUGUGGGCGUGAUGUACUGCCUCAGGUGCACCUGUGCACAGGAUGCCAGUGUGAGCUGCUACCAGAUCCAGUGCCCCGUCCUGCAGUGCCCGGACCCCAUCAGCGACCGUCAGCAGUGCUGCCCCCGGUGCCCAGAGCUUCAGGCUUCCCCCAGACUUCAGGCGCCCGUCAAUUCCUCCUGCCAGCACAACGGGACCACGUACCAGCACGGGGACAUGUUCACCCACAGCGACCUCUUCCCCUCCCGCCAGUCCAACCAGUGCGCCCAGUGCAGCUGCUCGGAGGGCCAGAUUUACUGCGGUUUGGUGAGCUGCCUGGACCUGCUGUGCCCCUCGCCCCAGAGCGUCCCGGGCACCUGCUGCCCCGUCUGCAGAGACGGUUCCAACGAGAGGUUGAUAGAGGAACCCCAGCUAACCGGCGGUGUUAAGCACCCGCAGCACCAGUGCCUGGGGGACAGCCGGGCAAGGGGGGCCCUGGGCCUGACGGACCCCCGGACAAGCGCUUCCCUGGAGCUGAUCUCAAGGAAUGUCCGGUCCAAAGGGAGAAUCGGCACGACGGUCAAAAUCAUUCUGAAAGAGGACCACAAGAAAGCGUGUGUGUACAACGGGGAGACCUACUCGCACGGGGAGGUGUGGCACCCCACGGUCCGCUACAUUACGCACCUGCCCUGCAUCCUCUGCACCUGCCGAGACGGGACCCAGGACUGCCAGAAGGUCACCUGCCCGAAGGUGUACCCCUGCGAGGAGCCCGAGGCCGUGGAGGGGAAGUGCUGCAAGGCGUGCCCAGAGGACAAAGUCGCGCCCGCGGGUGGGAUCGGCCCCACCAAAUGCAGAGUGUCCGUCUACAUGUUUGUCCCGCCCGCGUCUGGCACGGAGCAUCCCGGGGAGAACUUGAGGAAGGUGGCGAUCGAGCGGGAGUCCUCGGAAGAGGUGGAGAUCUACAUCUGGAAGCUGGUGAGAGGCAUAUUCCAUCUGAUCCAGAUCAAGAAGGUCAAGAAGCUGGAGUUCAGGCAGGAGGUGCAGGACUUCCGGCUGGUCUCCAGGACAAGUGGAGCUUACUGGAACAAGUUCCUGGGGCAAGGACCCGAAGUGAAGAUGACCGAGAGUCCAGACAGAGAAGCAAAGAACUUGUAAAAAGAAAAGCAAAGUAGAUAUUAAUAUAUAUAUGGGGAAAGUUGCAUUAUUAAGUAAACUAUCACAGCAGUUACAAGAAAAGAGGGUCCGCAGCCAGCUUUGUGAAAGCUCUUGUAAACCCCUCCACGGUGGCACAGCACCUCGCUCGCACGGCUCGCAUUUUCCAAGGCCUUUCCAGCACAGCGAAAAUGAACCGGCUCUCUUGGACCUGCUUCCUGCAAAGCGGAGGAGCCCAGCGGGACAUCGGAUCUUCUUUGGGGUCAGGCGGCCCCUGGUCUCUCAUGCAGCCUGUCAGAACAACUCCAAAAGAUGCUUAUUUCACUCCUGCACCCACUGCUCUGGAGACAAGCAGAAACGGGAGGGGGAUUCUGGAAAAAGCAGGCAUUUCUGCGCUGGGUCGUUCCAGUCUCUGCCAUGCGAGGGCUGGGCCACGAUCCACCACUCACGGCCCCAUUGGGUGGCUUCCCUCCAUUUUGGUGGGGCUUCCCUGGGGGAACUGCCUCUUGCCCCUUUUCGACCUGGCCGAGGAUGGAAAAGCCAGCCCUUCGCCGAACCAGCAGGUGCGGAGAAGUGUACAAGCAGACACGGCAAGCCUGCCAAGCCGCCACAUUUCCACACAGGAUGGACAGCCCUUCCCAUGUGGAGCAGCGGAGGCCUCCCUCCGAGUUGCCCAGCCGGGCACCCUCUGGAGACGUCGGAGUCCAACUUCCACGGACCAGCUUCACGGACUGUGGAGGACAGUGGGCGGGGGAAGCGGGUAGCGUGCCCAGCAGCCCCUUCCCCAGUGGGGGGCCUCUGAGGAUUCUGUGGGACAAGGGUUCCUCCACAGCCCCGAUGGGCUUGGCGCUACACAAGUACGGAGGAGCGGGGAGGGAGCCCGGGUUUAGUGGCGGAAAGCAUCUUGCGCAUUGGGAAGUCUCCCGUUGGGUCUUUGGCAUCUUUGGGAAGCAGAUCUCCGUGCCAGCCGGGGCUGCUGGGAGGCUGAUGCUUUCUCUCCCCGACAGGGUUCGACCAACGCUGGAGGGCUGCGCACAGUUUCCGUUGGGUCACCAUCGAGCCAAGUUCUUGGUGAACCAUGGACUGUUGUGUUGUCGGAACUCAGCCACACCGACAAGCCAUGGCUUCUUAACCACAAGCAGCCCCUGAAGAGAACCCAUGGUUACGGCCCGUCGGCUGCUCACCGGGGUUUGUUAUCUUGGCUGGGUUCAGACAGCACAAUCAUCCACAUUUCAACAACAGCCGAGGGCUCCAUGACAAUCCUGCGUGUGGAGUAUCAUUUCUCGGAACCAUUCUUGUGAGUCAGCUUCAUACGUUCACGAGUGCAUCCCAUAAUCAGCUUGUGCAUUCAGGUGGCACCCUUCCUGGAAAUACCACCUGGAGGGAGCAAGUCGGAGUCCCUCCCUUUACACCAGGCCGGUCCUUUAAGAAGCAAGCUGGAUCAGUCCAUCAACGCAGAACAAGGACUUGUCUCGGUCCGUGGAAGGAGGACCAACUCAGACUUCAGUCGGAUGCCUCACCCUGCGUUGCAGCGACUGCCAGAACAAUUCCCUUUCCAAAGCUCGAUCAGGUUUCAGAUUCUCAGUCUUGUCACCGGAAUAUGACCUCCAAAUUUGUAAAGUGGUUGGAAUUCGGCUGUUGGGUUUUGCCAGAACGUUGACAAACCGUGCUUUUAAGAAGUGAUGGCUUGUAGCUUUGUUUGUCUUUAAUUUGAAAUUUGAAAGUAGAACCUACAUCGGCCAGAAAAGCCUUUCCUCACUUGGGACCUUCCCGCACUGGGGGGGGGCGGGUGCAAAAAGGCUUGGGGGUGUCACUUCGGGAGGAAUUCCCCAGCACUGAUUUCUGUCAAGCCAAGGAGGAGGAAGGGGCUCGGUUUCUGUUGCACGGUCACACAAGAGCCUAUGCACACUCUCCCCUUCUCUCCAUGCGCGGUUUAACCCAUCACUUCACCAAAACAUCCUCUGUUUUCAUUGUGGCAGAAAAAGCCCAUCGCUCACCGGGUUUUUCGCCAGAGACUGCAUUUCUCUGCCUUUAUAUUCUAUUAACCAGCCACUAAUGUAUACACCAGGGCGUUUGUUCCAGUUUGAAACAAUUUUUAAUAGCUGGUUUUUCUUGCUCAAAAAAGGCAUGGAAAUGGCUGGAAAACACAGGAUAGGCUCUGGAGGACAAGAGCGCAUGAACAGUCCCCAGGAACUUCCAUGAGUCACGAUACAUGCCUCACGCAGAGGAGUCCUUAGAAACUGGGUGCAUGAGAUCCCGCUUCAUUAGAUAUGGGCGAAUGCCGCUUUCAGGUCCUCUCAAAUUCUCCUUGUUUCUGUCUUAAGAAUGGCUUGUCUUGAGCUUAAAAAAAUUCUCCAUUCAUAAGUUUAGUUUAUCCUGAGGUUUGAUUUUCUUUUUCUUUUUUUAAGUCCGCUUGGAGAUUCUUAAGCCAUUUGUCCACAUUCAGAAACAUAGGAACAGAGCGAGUCAGAAGGGGCCUCCCGGGCCAUCUAGUCUGACCCCAGCACCAGCCAGCUCCGCUCACGACAUGCCCACCAUGUGCAUGUCCAACCUGGCCUUGAACACCUGCACCGAUGGGGCCUCCACCACCUCCCGAGGAAGCCCAAAGACAUGCAUUUUUGCCCCAACGGCACAUAGUUUUUCUGAUAUAAAGCAUCUUUGAAUGUUAUUUUCAUUAUAUGCCUUUUUGCACACAUUUUUUGGACUGGGGAACUCCAGUGCAAAAUGCAGGGGGUGAGUCCUGAAGAAUAGUGGGGUUGGCUUGGGGAGUUUGCUUUAAAAAUGGGAACAGAGCUGACUUCUCCCUGGUCCUCCUCCUGGUUGGCGCCUCUUGAAUUCUCGCUCCUGCCGUCGUGGCAGUUAAACCCUGAGAUAAGGAAGGCACUGUGAUGUCCCAUCGCGGCCCCUCGCUUGGAGGACGCCCACUUCCUCCGACGGCCAAGCGGGGCCGCCUUCGGUGCCUGCUUCGGGGGGUGCAGCGGAUGGCCCGUAUCUCGGUGCUGCCCGCCCCGUGCCCCAAAAGCUGCCUGCUUUGCCCUGUAAGGAGCCCCUCCUCCCGCCCAGGGCCGCCGCAGCCCACUCCUCUGUUUCCGGCGCUUGCUGGCAUCACAGCCGCGGCCACAUCCUUUGGUAAGCGGCGCCCGCACAGAACAGAACGAUGCGACAGCUCGGACUGGAGUGCUGCUUGCGCAUCGCCGUGCAAGGGACCUGUGACAGGCACUUGGGACGGCCAGCCCUUCCCAUGCCUGGAUCUGCAAAGAGCUCGCCCUCCCCUGUGCCUCAAAGGUGCGACUUCCCAUGUCCGCAGGUUGCAUGGACCCAGGAGGCCAAACUGCGCACUGCAGGCAGGUUUGGCGCAUUAUUACAGCAUCUGUGUAACUCAUAUAGUUAUCGACUGACCUAUACUCACAUGAGAUAGGCAUCUUUCAAAGGUCCGUCUUGCCUGUUGUCGCAGGAGGAUGGGGCGGGUGCCAGCACAGUCUGCAAUUCACAGCUGUGAGAAAGCAGCUUCGGGGUCUGAAAGACGGAUGUAUGUAUUCAUGCCUGUAUAAACCGGGGGCAUUUCUGGAUGAAUCUAUUUAUUUGGAGAGGCAUAUCUCUGUCAGAUAGGUUGGAUUAAACUGAUUUCUAACACCAA